AUGAUAAAAUGUAUACAACUCUAUCUUAUUAUUGUAUGCAUACUACUUAUAAAUAUUGUGUGUAAAACUUACAGAGAUAAUUCUUAUGCUGGAUAUAUAAGGAAUAAUAUACACAAUACUCAUAAGACGAGAAAAAAGAUAUAUAGAAGAUAUGCUCAAAAAAAAAAAGAGAAAGAAAGUUAUGAAGAAUAUUUUAAAGAACUAGAUAAAAUUUUUAAUGAAUAUGAUUAUGAUGCAGAUCAAGUUGAAGAAGAAGAAAAAAAAAAAGAACAAGAAUUAAAUUUAAUAACAGAAAAAGAUUUAUUAGAAAUUAAUUUCUGUAAUUAUGAAAAGGAUCCACGUAGUUUAGCUAAUCUUGUUAAAGACAAAAGUGAAGAAGAAAUCGAAAAAGAAAAUAUUGAAAAUAAUCAAAAUGUUGAAAAUAAUAAAAAUAAUACAUUAGAAUAUAGCUAUGAUUAUGAUCGUAUAUUAAAAAAAAAAAAAUUUCUCAAAGAAAAAAUAGAAUAUAAAGAUAAAUUUAUAUUAAAUGAAAAUCAUAAUAAACUAAUCAAUAAUAUAGAUACCAGUUUUAUGAACGAUUUUUUAAAUAAUUAUAAAAAUGAUUUUAAUAAACCAUUUUAUAAAGCUAGACGGGAUCAAUAUUUUGCUCGUGAGGAUCUAACACAAGAUGAAAUAAAAAAUAACAAUCAAACGGAAGAUAAAGAAGGUAAUAUUCAUAAUAAUAAUAAUAAUAGUAAUAAUUAUAUAUAUGAUGAGGAAGGAAAAAAAGUUCCAUAUGAUCAUAAAAUUUCAAAGGAUGAUCAAAAUAAUGAAGACCUGUUAAACGAAAAUCUAGAAAGUGUUCUAUUUCUAAAAAGAAUAAGAAACACUUUUGAUAUAGAAAGAAAUGUUUAUAUUAAUGAUUCCAUAAAAGAUAUAAAAGAAAAAUAUAAUAAUCAAGGGGAUAAAACAAACAUAUGGAAUAAUAUCAAUAAUGAUGAUAAUGAUAAAGGAAGAGAUGAAGAGAAUAGGUUUCAUAAAUAUGUUGAAGAGAAAAUAAAAAAUGCAAAUACAGAUGAAAAUAUUGAUAAAUUAAUUUUAAAGAAAUAUAUAAAUAUGUUUUCAAUAGAUGAAGAAGUUCUAAAUAUUAAUGAGAAAAUAAAAAAAUGUGAAAAUGUACAUUCAAUUUUAGAAAUUUUUAAAGAGAAUAAACGUAUCAAUAUAAUCAAUAUAAUGUAUGCAUUUAUAUAUAUAGAUAGAUUUAAAUGUUUAAAUAUAACCGAAUAUUUAUAUGAAAAAAGGUUUGCUUAUAUAACUUAUGCAUUAGAAGAAAUCAUGAAAUAUUAUUUAUACGUAUUAAACAAGAAAGGUUUAAAAGACUUAUAUAAGAAAAAAAAUAUAAAAAAUUUAAAUAAUAUAAAUGAAGAAGACACAGAAAAAAAAAAUAUUAAAAAUAUAAAAAAUUUAAAUAAUAUAAAUGAAGAAGACACAGAAAAACAAAAAAAAAUACACAUGAAUGAUAACAAUAAUAAUGAUAGUUCUAAUAAGGAUAAUAAUUAUGAUAAUGAUCUUUUUGAACGUAGGACCUUACAACUGAAUGACAAAAAUUUAAUCUUUUUAAUUAAAUAUAUGAAUAAACUAAAAUUAUUUUACAUAAAUAUAAAUUUAUAUAAUAUGUUUUUCAUAAUAUUAUCCAAGUCCUUUCCAUUAUGUAGUGCUAAUUCUUUUAUUAUUUUAUUAUCUUAUAUGAAUGAAUAUAAUUAUUAUAAUAAUAAUAUACAUAAGAAGAUUAAUAUUUCUAUAUUGAAUGAAUUGUUUCAUAUUUUUAAAAGAGAUGGAAUAAAAUCUAGCGGUUUGAAUUUUGCACAUUUUAAAAUAUUACUUCCUUUAUUAAUAAAGUAUAAAUAUGUUAAUAAUAAUAUUUUUAAACUUUUAUAUCUAUAUUUUGAAAAGGAUAUAAAGAAUAUGAUGAAAACAUUAACAAGUAACUUGAAAAGGAAGGAACGUAAAGAAAUUUGUAAUGUUUUGUUUUAUGAUGUUAAAACAAAGGAACAAGAAAAAAAUAAAGAAAAAUAUCUUUCCUAUUUAAAAUAUGAAGAAAUGAAAGAAAAAAAAGAAAGCAUGGAAAUUUUGUCACAACUUUUAAAUUAUUUAAUGAUAUGUAAAUUUAAUGAAGAAGAUACAAUAGUUUUAAAACUAAUUGAAAUAUUUAUUGAUUAUAUGCAUUUAUUAGAUGUAGAUCAAUUAUUAAAUAUAUUUUUUAAUUAUCAUAUUUUUCAAUAUAGUAAUGAAAAAAUAAUUUAUAGAUGUAAACAAGAGUUGUUAAAUAGGAAAAGCUUAUUAAAAGAUUAUCAUAUAAAUAAAAUAUUAUCAUUUAUAAUAUAUAAUUAUAGAAAGGCUGAAGUAUAUCGUAAUUAUUAUCGUCAUUGGUUCAAUUAUAAGAACUAUAUUAUAUAUAGGAAUGAUGAAAAUGUUGAUACAAUUUCAAGUAAUGAAAAUACUACACAAAAUGAGCAUGAAACAUAUAAAAUAAAAAAGAAUGUAUCACAAAAUAAUAUAAAUGAUAAAAAAGAAAAUACAACAAUUGAAAAUACGAAUAAUAUUCAAUAUGAUGAUAAUAAUAAUAGUAAUAGUAAUAAUAGUUAUGGUAGGUGUCAUUCCUUUUAUGAUAAUCUUAAUGAAGGAGGAAAUGUUAAAAAGCUUCCCAAUAAUAUAUCUGUCAAAGAAGUAUUAGAAAAAAGAAAAGAGAUAAAACAAUUUAAAAAAGAUUAUUAUAUAAAUAAAAAAAUUUUUAAAGAUAUAGAAUUCAUAUAUGAUUUAACACAUGAUAUACAUAUAUAUGUAUCAUUUAAAAAUGUUCAUUUGUUAAAACUUAUAUAUAGUAUUUAUUUGUUAAGUUUAUUAUUUUAUAAAAAUAUGGAUGUACUACGAAUAGCAUCAGAAAUAGCAUAUGAUUUAACAGAUACAAAUAUAUUUUCAUUUAUUGAUCAAUAUUCUUAUUAUUUAUAUGAUGAUAUAUAUAUUGUCAUAAAAACAUUUAAAUAUAUAUCUUUUUUUUCUAUGGAUCUAAUUGAUAUCUGGAAAAAAUUUUUUUUCUUAUUAAAUCAUUUUGUUAAUAAUUUAAAUUUAGAAAAUAUUUAUGAUAUUUUCUUUUUUAUUCAUAUAGCCAAAAUAACUAAUUUGAAAAAUGAAAAUUACGAUGUCUUCCAUUUAUUAACAUCACGUAUGAAAAAUAUUGUUAAAAUAUUAUUUACACAUAAUAUAAAAAAUUUUAAUACCUAUCCACAUACAUAUAUUUUAAAUAUUCUUAAUAUGAUUAAUGAUGAAAAAAAUGAACAUGUUACUGAUUUUUUACAAUACUUUUUUUAUUCCAUAUAUAAAAGGAUACAAUAUUUGAGCUCACAUGAUGAUAAUAUGUUAGCAGAUUUAUCAUAUGAUAAGGAUAAAAUGGAUGUUCCAAAUACAAAUAUUGAAGAUAAUAUGAAAAAGGUUAACCAUAAAUAUAAUGAGAAUUAUAAAUCUGUUGAUGACAAAAAAAAUGUUGAUGACAAAAAAAAUGUUGAUGACAAUAAAUAUGUUGAUGACAACAAAUCUGUUGAGGAUAAUAUCAACUCAUUUAAUUAUAACAUAAAAAAUGAUAGAUUUGAAAAAAAACAUAAUAAUAUAUUUUUUUCCAAUAGAUCUGAUACAAAAAAUAAGGAAUCAAAUAAUAUAUACAAAAAUGUAAAUAAUUAUAUUUAUAACUUUAAAGAUAUACGUUUAUUCAUAAAAAUAUUUUUAAGAUAUUAUAAACAAGACCAAGAAAAUUUUAAUUUACAAAUUGUUGAUUUUAUAUUAUAUAAUUCUGAAGUUUUCUUUUUUAAUAUGUGGACAAAUAGAAGAUAUUAUCAAAGGCAUUAUUUUUUUGGAAAUGAAAUAAAAGAAUUUUUACAUUUAAUAAAAGAACUUAUACAAAAUAAAUUAUAUAAUUCUAAUAUUAUGUAUAGAUGUGUAAAUAUAUUUAAAUAUAUAAUAAAUAUACAAAGUACUAUUAAUAUACAAGAUAUUUCUAAUAUAAAAUGUAAUUUAUAUAAUAACUUCUUUUUACAUUUUGAUAAUAUAAAUGAUGUUAAUCUGUGGAAAUAUAUAAGAAAGGUCUUUUUAAUUCAAUCAGACAUUUGA